GCCGCGCGUUCGAAUGAUUGGAAUUCCGUAGCCGAGGUCAAGUCAGAUGAGAACGCGCGAUGAGGAUGAUUCUUGAAGAAUCGGAAGGACAAUGAAUUAUGCAGAAAUUUUAUAAACAAUUUUACGUCGACUUCGAUCAAACUGCCGGAUAAAAAGUUUUUUAUGGGGAAGUGCCGCCAUCUGGCAGGAAGCUCGUUCACCAGCGACAACGUCACAGAUUGUACCGCGAGAGUCGGUGGCCAACAAACAUGGCGUUUGCCAAGUAACAACGCUCCACGCCGCGUAACGAGUGCCUUACGGUUUUAGAUUGAUGUUACCGCGCGCACCGCUUUUCGUUCCGCGCCAGCGAACCGUUUUCUACAUUUUUUUACUGUCGUGCAGUGCCGCGGCCCGGGCCUACUCCGGAGAGGGAUCUCUCGGCCGUGCAACGGAGGUGUGCGUGCAACUAGUGCAUCGCGACGGUGACGGCGGUGGCAGCGACGGCGACUCGCGACAAUUCAUCGCGGAAUAGGAGACCAUUGUUUCGAAAAUGCCUACACAGACGGCAGAGAAUGAUGACAUUCGGGUGAAAAUUAUAUACAAUGGGGAGAUACAAAUCACAUACAUCACUCCCGGGAUUUCAGUGGACACAUUGCGCGAGGAAAUGCGAACGAUAUGUGGCUUUGGCACAGAACAAUUCACAAUGAAAUGGGUGGACGACGAGGGCGACCCGUGCAGAAUCGCCUCGCAACAGGAAUUGGAUGAGGCAUUACGGCUGUACGAGCUCGAAAAGGACACGGAAAUAACGAUACACGUUUUUCCGAACGUGCCGCCCGCCCCCGGGAUGCCGUGCCAGGGAGAAGACAGAAGCAUCUACAGACGUGGCGCUCGUAGAUGGAGGAAGCUGUACCGAGUGAAUGGCCAUAUUUUUCAGGCGAAACGAUUCAAUCGGAGGGCCUUCUGCGCGUUCUGCCAGGACCGGAUCUGGGGUCUCGGGCGGCAGGGGUUCAAGUGCAUCCAAUGCAAACUGCUCGUGCACAAAAAAUGCCACAAGGUAGUACGCAAACCAUGCUUGAGCCUGCAGCAGCAGCAGCAACAGCAGCAGCAGCUGCAGGGCGCGGAGUCACAGACGAUCGACAGAAAUGGCGACCAACAGCUUGAUCCGUAUCAAUGUGGCCCAGCCACUCAUCUCGAGGAUGAGAUCACGGAAUCGCCGAUCAUCGAGGAGCAUUCGCGCGAUCGAAUCGGAAGUGAAGAAGGGGAAGAAUUGCCAUUGGAUACGUUAAACGAGGGUGAUACUUCGAACGACAUGCAACGACAGUACUCGUUGAAUGACUUUGAGCUGAUUAGGGUGAUCGGCCGUGGUUCCUAUGCAAAGGUCUUGAUGGUGGAGUUGAAACGUACCAAGAGGAUCUAUGCUAUGAAGGUGAUCAAGAAAUCUCUGGUGACAGAUGAUGAAGACAUCGAUUGGGUACAGACUGAGAAACAUGUGUUCGAGACGGCCUCAAAUCAUCCCUUUUUGGUGGGCCUGCACUCCUGCUUUCAGACUCCCUCGCGUCUGUUUUUCGUGAUUGAAUUCGUGCGUGGUGGCGAUCUCAUGUUCCACAUGCAAAGACAACGCCGUCUUCCUGAGGAUCACGCGCGAUUUUACGUAGCUGAGAUCAGCCUGGCAUUAAAUUUCCUACAUGAGAAAGGUAUUAUAUACAGAGAUUUGAAAUUGGAUAAUGUACUUCUCGAUCACGAAGGACACGUUAAGCUUACGGAUUACGGAAUGUGCAAGGAGGGCAUCCGGGAGGGCGACAACACCGGCACUUUCUGCGGUACUCCCAAUUACAUUGCUCCUGAAAUCCUACGUGGCGAAGAAUACAGUUUUUCAGUAGACUGGUGGGCUUUGGGAGUACUGCUGUAUGAGAUGUUGGCAGGUCGUAGUCCUUUCGAUCUUACUGGCGCAGCUGAAGACCCAGACAAGAACACCGAAGAUUUUCUAUUUCAAGUUAUUCUGGAGAAGACCAUACGUAUACCACGCUCCUUGUCCGUUAAAGCUGCCUCUGUUCUUAAAGGAUUUCUUUGCAAAGAUCCUGCAGAAAGGCUGGGUUGUGGAAAGAGGCCUUCUGGUUUCCUCGAUAUUGUCGCUCAUCCCUUCUUUAAAGCGAUUGAUUGGGAAAUGCUAGAGCAAAAACAAGUUACACCUCCUUACAAGCCACGUUUGGAUUCCGAUCGCGAUCUUGCAAAUUUCCCGCCAGAAUUUACAGAUGAGGAAGUUCGUUUGACUCCGGAUGAUCCGAAACAAAUCGAGAAGAUUGAUCAGAGUGAAUUCGACGGUUUUGAAUAUGUGAAUCCUCUACUAAUGUCAUUGGAAGACUGCGUGUGACAAGAGCCACUUU